GGCCCCGUGCGCGGUGGGCGUGGCCCGGACCCGCCGCGCCUCUGGCUCGCGGUCGGUGCCUCGGUGCGAGGCGGGCGCGGGGCGCGCGCGCGGGGCCCGCUUGGCGGUUCCCAUGGUGAUCGCGCGCGCCCGGGCGGUCCCGGCGCAUCCCCCCGGCUCGGCGCGCGCCCUUCCCGCCCGCGCGGGGCCAUGUCCCGCGGGCGCUGCCCACACCUGCUGUGGGACGUGCGGAAGCGGACCCUGGGGCUGGAGGAGCCCGGAUUGCUGCGCCGGCACUACCUCGGAAGAAGAGAAUUUAUCCAAAGAUUAAAACUUGAAGCAACCUUGAAUGUGCAUGAUGGAUGUGUGAACACAAUUUGCUGGAAUGAUACAGGAGAAUAUAUCUUAUCUGGUUCAGAUGACACCAACCUGGUAAUUAGUAAUCCCUACAGCAGAAAGGUUCUCACCACAAUUCGCUCAGGACACAGGGCCAAUAUUUUCAGUGCAAAGUUCCUGCCGUGCACCAAUGACAAACAGAUUGUCUCUUGUUCCGGGGACGGGGUCAUUUUCUACACCAAUGUUGAGCAGGAUGCAGAGACCAACAGGCAGUGCCAGUACACCUGCCACUACGGGACGACCUACGAGAUCAUGACAGUACCAAAUGAUCCCUACACUUUCCUCUCUUGUGGUGAGGAUGGCACUGUGAGAUGGUUUGAUACUCGCAUCAAAACAAGUUGCACAAAGGAAGAUUGUAAAGAUGAUAUUUUGAUAAACUGCCGUCGUGCUGCCACCUCUGUUGCUAUCUGUCCACCCAUCCCCUACUACCUGGCUGUGGGCUGCUCUGACAGCUCAGUGAGGAUCUAUGACAGGAGAAUGCUUGGCACAAGGGCAACAGGGAAUUAUGCUGGUAGGGGCACUGUUGGAAUGGUGGCACGUUUUGUCCCUCCUCAUCUCAGCAACAAAUCCUGCAGGGUAACAUCCCUGUGUUACAGCGAGGAUGGCCAGGAGAUCCUUGUGAGCUACUCCUCAGAUUACAUUUACUUGUUUGAUCCCAAGGAUGACACAGCACGAGAACUGAAAGUCCCUUCUGCAGAAGAGAGAAGGGAAGAGUUACGUCAGCCUCCCGUUAAACGUCUGCGGCUCAGAGGGGACUGGUCAGAUACUGGGCCAAGAGCAAGGCCUGAGAGUGAGAGAGAGAGAGAUGGGGAGCAGAGUCCCAAUGUCUCUCUGAUGCAGAGGAUGUCAGACAUGCUGUCAAGGUGGUUUGAAGAAGCCAGUGAAGUUGCACAGAGCAAUCGAGGACGAGGAAGAUCACGGUCCAGAGGUGGGACUAAUCGGACAGAUGCUCCUGCUACUAAUAACAUGGCACCUGGUAGAGAAUCAGAAACUGCAAUGGAAGUCGAUGGUUCUGAACAGCUUCCAUCAUCUUCCUCUUCUACCAUGUCAGCUCAAGCUCCUUCAACAUCAUCUUCAACAGAAAGUCCCCCUUCAACUUCAUUACUGUCCUCUCCUGAUAAUGAACAAAAGCCUUCCUUAGGGGCCUCAACUCAGCCUGUGCUGCAUCAGUCUGAUUCUCCUUCUUCAGUGGUUAACAAACAGCUUGGAUCCAUGUCACUUGAUGAGCCACAGGAGAGCGAUAAGCCACGAACAGGAACAGGUGAACCAGUUUUAAGUUUGCACUACAGUACAGAAGGAACGACUACAAGCACAAUAAAACUGGACUUCACUGAUGAGUGGAGCAGCACAAAUUCAAGCUCUAGAGGGAGUGGAAGUCAUUGCAAAACUGAAGGCCAAGAAGACUCUGUAAAAACAAAAGCUUCGGACGAGUCAGGGCCUGAUGGGGAGGAAACAAGGGUUCCUGAUGAAUCUCUCAAGGAAGAUGCAAGUGCUGAAGAGCUGAAAAAUACAGAUGAAGCUGUAGAGACAACAGAAACAAUGUCAGAUAAACCUGCUCCCGAGCACUCAGGAAUUCAACCAGAAGAGAAGGGCCCCGGUGCUGACGCUGCCUCUGGGAGUGCAGAGGAAGAAGCCCCAUGUGAGAAGGGUGCAAACCCCGACGCCUGCAGCCCGGGCAGCGACCCCGCCGGCCCCGAGGAGCCGCAGGCCGAGCCCGCGGCCGACGAGGCGUCCACCAGGAGCGCGGCGCUGCAGGAGACCGACGACAGCGACGACGACCCUGUGCUCAUCCCGGGGGCCAGGUAUCGCGGAGGGCCCGGGCACAGGCGCUCCGCUGUGGCCCGCAUCCAGGAGCUCUUCAGGAGGAGGAAGGAGAGGAAGGAGAUGGAGGAGCUGGAGACGCUCAAUAUCAGGCGCCCUUUGAUCAAGAUGGUUUAUAAAGGCCACCGCAACUCCCGGACCAUGAUAAAGGAAGCCAACUUUUGGGGAUCCAACUUCGUCAUGAGCGGCUCCGACUGCGGCCACAUUUUCAUCUGGGACCGCCACACUGCUGAGCACCUCAUGCUGCUGGAGGCUGACAACCACGUGGUGAACUGUCUGCAGCCUCACCCCUUCGACCCCAUUCUGGCCUCUUCGGGUAUCGAUUAUGAUAUAAAAAUUUGGUCGCCACUGGAAGAAUCCAAGAUUUUUAACAGAAAACUUGCAGAUGAGGUUAUAACUCGUAAUGAAUUAAUGCUGGAAGAGACCAGAAACACCAUCACUGUUCCAGCCUCCUUCAUGCUCCGAAUGUUGGCUUCGUUGAAUCAUAUAAGAGCAGACCGAUUGGAAGGUGACAGAUCAGAAGGAUCUGGCCAGGAGAACGAAAAUGAAGAUGAAGAGUAACCAACAAUCGUGUGUGAGCACCUGGAAGUCAAUUAAAUUUGUAUAAGACAUUAAUUAUAUUUUUCCUUACAGAGCUUUAGUGCAAUUCUGAAGUAUUGCUUUUGGAUAACCUAACCUUUUGUUUUUUUGAAUGACUGUGUGCAUGACUUGGGGAGAGCGUGCAAGUAAAAUAAACAAAAAUGUUUUUUAAAUGUUUUGCCAUGUAUGAGGGGUGCUAGAAGAUGCCAAGUGCAAUAUUUUCCUUAAACAGCAAAUGUGGGAGCUUGGAUCAAUGUUUUAAAGUAACUUUCAUGAUAGUAAAAACGUUGGUUCAAAUAAAUUUCUAUACCUGCUGUUUGCAUGUUUGUUGCUUUCUAAUUAAAAGAUUUGGGUGUUUUAA